GUUAUGGUAAGGAUAUUAGAGUAAGCCAAUCAGAGGUAGAGUAGGGCGGGUAAUGCCUUCACUAUCCUAGGGAAAAAAGAAUUACCUCCAGCUAUGGUGAAGCAUCGUUAAAAAGACAACAAAAACUGAAUAUACACAGGCACCUGCCGAUUUGCGAGAAAUUUUGACCUCGUCCCCAGACCAGCCAGGACAGGACAGCAGGACAGAGAUCAGACCGGUCAUGGCUGCCAGAAGGCAGAGACCUGCAGCUGCCUCAGCUGGCACAGCAGAGGCCAAAAAGAUGGACCUCAGGACCAACGAGAAGAAGUGCUCUUGGGCUUCCUACAUGACCAAUUCUCCAACUGUGAUAGUGAUGAUUGGGUUGCCCGCCAGGGGGAAAACCUACAUGUCCAAGAAGCUGACACGCUACCUCAACUGGAUUGGAGUACCAACUAAGGUAUUUAACCUUGGAGUUUAUAGGAGAGAAGCAGUGAAGUCAUACAAGUCCUAUGACUUCUUCAGACAUGACAAUAAAGAAGCAAUGGAAAUUAGAAAACAGUGUGCCUUGGUGGCACUGGAAGAUGUCAAGGCCUAUCUGAAUGAGGAGGGAGGCCAGAUCGCUGUUUUUGAUGCCACCAACACCACCAGAGAGAGGAGGGAGCUCAUCCUUAAUUUUGCACAGAAUAAUGCAUACAAGGUGUUUUUUGUUGAAUCAAUAUGUGACGAUCCAGAUGUCAUCGCUACAAACAUCCUGGAUGUGAAGGUGUCCAGCCCAGAUUACCCUGAGAGGAACAGAGAAAGGGUCAUGGAGGAUUUUCUGAAGAGAAUAGAGUGUUAUAAAGUGACGUACCAACCUUUAGAUCCGGACGAACACGACAAGAACGUUUCCUUCAUCCAGGUUAUCAAUGUUGGCCGUCGUUUCUUGGUCAACAAGGUGCAGGACUACAUACAAAGUAAAAUAGUGUACUACCUCAUGAACAUCCACGUACACUCCCACUCCAUCUACCUCUGUCGGCACGGAGAGAGCCAUCACAAUGUGGAGGGACUCAUCGGGGGAGACUCUGAACUGUCAGAGAGAGGGAAACAGUUUGCAGCAGCACUGAAGAAUUUUGUGGAAGAGCACCGUCUGUCAGACCUUAAAGUUUGGACCAGCCAGCUGAGACGCACUAUUCAGACAGCAGAGGAGCUGGGAAUCCCUUACGAGCAGUGGAAGAUCCUCAAUGAAAUAGAUGCUGGAGAGUGUGAAGAAAUGACCUAUAAAACGAUUGAGGAAAAAUACCCAGAGGAGUUUGCCAUGAGGGACCUUGACAAGUACCACUACCGCUACCCUGGAGGAGAGUCCUACCAGGACCUGGUCCAAAGGCUGGAGCCCGUUAUCAUGGAACUGGAGCGACAGGGCAACGUGCUGGUCAUCUGUCAUCAGGCUGUCAUGCGCUGCUUACUCGCCUAUUUCUUGGACAAGAGCGCAGAUGAUCUGCCCUACUUGAAAUGUCCCCUGCACACUGUCCUUAAACUCACCCCUGUGGCUUAUGGUUGUAAAGUGGACGUGUUUGACUUGAAGGUGGAGGCUGUCAACACUCACAAGGACAGACGAUUAAGUAAAGUCACAACAGCUGCUGUGCCACCAGCUUUCCACCGACGAAACAGCUUCACUCCGCUGUCCAGCCAAGACCAGAUUAAACGACCUCGUCUAUAUAGCGUGGGCAACCCUCCACAGACCCGCAUGUCCCAGGCCCCCACUUUACCCAGCAUGCUGUUCUCUGAGGCGUCUGAGGGGGCGGAGCAGCUACAAAGCGAGGACUCUGUGAACGGUUUCAGUGCAGCAGACACAGACGACAACGGCGUUCGGAGUUAAAAAAGCACAAACAGAGGCUUUUCUCCACAUGGAUGUAUCACCACUUCUGAGGACCACCAAUUGCAACCAGCUUGAGCCAUUACAUUCCUAAGCACUGUAUUAUGCACCACAUUGUGUAACCCUACAUGUGUCAUGUGCGUGUUAGUGUAAGUGUGCACGUACAUACAUGAACUCAAUGCAUUUGCACAAUAGCAUUAAAAUCUAGGCUGCGAUCCACCUGAGAUAAUGUAAAGAUCUACAGUAAAGAGACUCUGAAAACCCAUCCAUUAGCUCCUAUUACACUCCACAUUCUGUAGUCUACAGUCAUAUUGCUGUAUUAGAUGUAGAACAUGUUGAAUAUGAAUUGUAUACCUCACUGGAAGCUACUGCCUUCAGUUUUAUUGUAAGUGUACCUCUCUUUAAGGAAGCCACACACAGCCUUAGUUUUCCCUCACAUUCUCUCUUUUAAGUUACCUAUUUAAACAUUCCCACAUUCAUUGGGUGGUCUGACAUGAUGUUGUAAUCAUUUUAUUUGUUGUGUAAUUCAAAGCAUAUUAAAUUGCAACAGAGCUUGCAGCAGGCAGACACAAGCUGUAAAAAGUAGUGAAAUGUUUCGUUUAGCACUAUAAAAUGUGCAACAGCUACUGUGCUUUUCCUGUGACAAUUAUUCUUGUCACGUCAAAUCUCUUCAAUGAUGUCUACCUGUGUGUGUGUGUGUGUGUAUGAUCAUAUAAAUCUGAUCACAUUUUAACUGAUUUGAACUGAUUCAUAUAUUGCAAAUACAAAGUGUUCGACCGCGCUGGAAAUUUUUAAAUGUAUUUUAGUUUCUUCCCAAAGAAAAGUAAAUCAGUCAUACUGUAUGUUCAGUUUGGCUUUCAUGUGGAUAACAUCUGUUCAAAUGACUUUGAUGUAAACAUCAGGAAUAAAUCAAUUAUUUGGAAAAGUGCCUUUAUUUAAUGGACUACAAGGCUGUAAUAGUACAUAGGAGUAUUUAAAAUAUAGUAUACAUGACAUACUAGUAUAUGUAGUAUGUAGUAGUAAGUAUGUCUCUCCUGGUCAAAGUAAUGGCAAUACAUUUGGAUGUCUUAAAAAGAGCUUUAAUUUUAUUGCACACUGUGCCCUACAUGUUUCAUUAAAUAAAGUUAAUUUUAAGCUGUUUUUA